GGAGGAGGAGGUAACAGCGGAGCAGGAACGGCGCUGGAAGGAGUGAGAGCGGGACAGCUUCGAUGGGACCGGGGGUCCCGGCUGUGCCCCCCAGCAGCUGUCGGACUCAUCCUUCAUGUCGGGGAAACUGAGGCAUAGCAGGCAGGAGAUGCUGGGGGAGAAGCAGUGGCGGAGCCUGGAGGAGAGGGGAAGUGUCCAUCUGAGGCAGCCCAAGCUCACCAGAUCCAGGACCUAUGAGUCCUCCUGCAAGGAGACAGAGCAGGCAGCCACGGGCAGGCAGGGACCCCCAUCUCCCUCGCUGAGCAAGCAGGACAGCAGCUACCGCCGGGCCUUCAGGGAGCUCGCCGAGCAGGACGUGCUGCUGGGCUGCUUCUCAUGCGCCUGGCAGAGAGAGGUGCCCUACCACGGCCGCCUCUACGUGUCCUCCAGCCACAUCUGCUUCCACUCCAACCUCCUGCUCAAGGACAUCAAGGCCGUGGUCCCUGUCGCCUCCAUCUCAGCCCUUAAAAAGACCAACACGGCGCUGCUGGUGCCCAACGCAGUCAGCAUCCGCACGGCCAAGGGGGAGAAGUUCCUCUUUGUGUCCCUGCGCCAGCGAGAGGCCACAUACCAGCUCCUGAGGUCGGUCUGCAAACACCUGCAGGACAGCAGCCAGAGCCCUCGAGACUCCGUGAGCAAUGAGGAAACCCGAAGGAAGUCUCAGAUCCCGAGCCAGUCAGACCUGGAACAGAUCACCCCAGCGCCCAACAGCCUCCAUGAAUCCCGGGAUAAGGCAAACCCGCGAUCAAGGCAAGCGGAGGACGAGGAUGACGGCGUGGCCCUGCUAGUUCCCAGCAGCAGCCAAAGGGUGCCCUCAGCAGAGACACGUAGCCGCUGGGGGGGACCCCACACCCUGCUCUGGGCCUGGGCCACUGCAUUUUGGUCCCGGAUAAACCCCCAGCUGAGCCCUCUCAACAUCAUCAUCAUCAUCUACCUGCUGCUCAUGGUGGCCUUGCUGCUGUCCUCGGGGUACAUUGGUCUGCGCAUUGCGGAGCUGGAGCAGCAGCUGGCCUUCGUGGGGGCUUGGCCAGACCUCAACCUGUCACAGCAGUACAAAAAAACGUGAGGCCACUGAGGACCAUCACCAGAGGUGCAGCUGGGGGUCAGGGGCUGCUCUGAGCCCUUCCCUGGCCUCUCAGGAGGGGCUCUGUCACCAAAUGCCUUCCAGCCCCCACCAUGCCUGGGAGCCCACGUGGGCUGUGAGGCUCCAUCUCACUGCCCGUCUGCCCACCCUGUGCAGCAGCAGAAGAGACCCAGGGAGCUCUCGGCGGGGCACAGAGCAGGGAAGCGGGGCUGGAGUCAGCACCAACC